AAAAGCUAUAAAGCUCAAGAAAAAGCUGUGGUCCUAUUUGUGCUAUUUGUUUUGUUUGGUUGUGUAUGAACCACUAUCUGCGGAUAUAAGAUAUUACUUUAACGAAGAAUGAUAAUUUGUAUUAAAUUGAAAUAAUGAACAACGAGACGGAACAAAUAUUUCUGGUGAAUGCUGCGUCUAAUCCCGCUACCAUACACAAAGACGCCAUUCCCGGCGCGACGCUAGUCAACCUCGAGAGUGUGCAAGACUUCUCAACAGUAUGCCGGACGUGUGCCACUAUCACGGAGUUUGUGAUCCCCAUCUUCGAGGGAGAGGGUCUCCAGAACAACCUGGCUGACAAGAUACACAAGCAUCUUCCCAUACAAGUGCUAGAGGACGACGCGCUGCCCCGCGUGGUCUGCUACCAGUGUGCCAGUACGCUCCUGGCGUGGCACGAGCUGGUCAAGUGCUGCGUACAGGCCGAUGAGGCACUGAGAGCGAGACUGGCUCAGAUGCAGCAAGCAACGGCUGCGACACUUUUGGAAUCAGAAUGGGGCUCAUCAAAAGGUGAACAAAAUAAAGAAGAUAAAUCCAAAAUAGAACUGGCGAUAGAGAUAACAAUAAAACGCGAAGACACUCCGUUCAUUCCCGAAGCAGAAGCGGCACAUAGAGAGAAACACCACGUGACUUGUGGGACAUGCCAAAAGAAACUACGGAAGGAAUCAUGGCGGCGGCACCAGAAAAUCCAUAACAACGAGAGGAAAUACUGCGACGUCUGCGGCAUGGGGUUCACAGACAGCGGGAACCUGGCGAGGCACAAACAUACACACGAGAACCUCCGAGGGCACAUCUGUGAGAUCUGCCACAAGGCGUACUCGAGAAGUUCUCACUUGCAGGAUCACGUGAACUCGCAACACUCGAACGUUCGAGAAUUCGUGUGCGAAGUGUGCGGGAAGGCGUCGAAAUCGAAGGCGACGUUGCGUAUGCACAAAAAGACACACGAUCAAGUGUUCAAGUUUAAAUGUAUGGAAUGUGGCGCGCAGUUCAAGAGGCGGGGCGAGCUGCGCGCGCAUGUGAGUGUGCACACGGGCGAGAGGGCGCACGUCUGCGCGUGCGGGAAGGCGUUCCGGUUGCGGGGGCAGCUGACGUUGCAUGCGCGCACGCAUAAAAAGGUCGCGAUAUCUCCGCCGCGCUACGAAGACACGUGCGCCGGCGCCAGCCCGGAGCCCCUCAAACUCUGCCCCUACUGCGACACUCGCCACCCAGACUCUACCUAUAAAGACCACCUGAUAGACGCACAUUCAGAACUAUUGUUCCACUGCCAAGAAUGCGACACCUAUGUAGACAGGAAGGAGUUCAUUAUACACAUGUCGCUGCAUUGCGUCCAAUAUACCGAGGCCAACAAGGCCUACAAGGCGGAAUCGAAGAAAAUCCAGAAAAAUAAUAGUAAAAGAAUGAGGAAGACUAGAAAAAAAAUUGCGAAAGACGAAAAUCAAAACACUAAAGUUGAGAAAAAUAUUGCGGUUAACAAAGAUGCUGAAGCGGAAGAAACUGCAGUCGAAAGCGUUAUGCAUUCGAUAGAUCGAUUAGAUAACAGUAUAACAAAUACAGAAAUCGAUAAGACAGUAAAUGGCAGAGCGGAAAAUGACUUUUCUGAUCACAGCGACGCGGAAUAUGGCUUCGGUCCGCUGCCGGAGUCCGUAUUCAAUGCUAUAGAAGAUUCUCAGGACGAUAAUUCUCGCAAUAGCAGCCAACGCUCUGAGAAUGGUGAGACUCAACCAGUUCAUGACACGCAACUAUUUAGUGAUAGUCAACCUGUUACUCCAGAGUAUCAGAAUGAGAGUCCGUCAGUCACUCCAGAGUACCACCCAGUUACAGAUUUACCAGUUACAGAGUUACAACCUGUCACUCCGGAGAAUCAGAGGGAGUGUCAUUCAGUUAGUCCAGAAAAUCAGAUGGAAUGUCAACCUAUUCCUCCAGAAAAUCAGAGGGAGGGUCAUCCAACCACUUCAGAGCAUCAGAAUGAGGACAAAAAAAACGGCAAGGUCGCGAAUCCCAAAAAAGUCAGAAAUUGUCCAAUUUGCUCGAAAACGUACACCGCUUCUUCUAGCUACUUCUAUCACUUGAAGUACUUCCACCGCCAAAGCAAAGAGCACGAGUGCGAAGUUUGCGGUCGGAAAUUCGGGACCCGCGCCAGUCUCGCGCAACACGCGCCGCUCCACACCGGCGAGUGCCAAUACGAAUGUACGCGAUGUGGAAAACAGUUUAAGAGUAAAGCUAGUCUGUACAUCCAUUCGCAAAUUCAUACGUCGAACGUCGGGUCGAAGUGCGGUAUUUGCGGGGCGGAGUUCAGGUGGCGCGCGGCGCUGCGGCGGCACGCGGCGCGGCACGGCGGCGCGCGCGCGCACGCGUGCGGCGCGUGCCCGCGCGCGUUCAGCGUGCGCGCCGACCUGCUGCGGCACGCGCGCACGCACCAGCGCGGCCGCCACGCCUGCCCGCUCUGCGCCGCCACCUUCGCGCAGCCGAGGUACCUCCGCGUACACUUGAACAAGAAACACGGCGUACAUAGUAAGAAAAGUGAGUCGGAAGAUCGAACCUCGCAGAAGAAAACCGAGUGAAUGCUGAUGGUCACGGCGCAUCCUUUUUUUUUUUUUGGUUUAGCCAAGAAACUGAAAUGAGAAUUUGACGGCCUCUGAACCAAAAAAACACUUUUUCAUGGUAAAAUAUUUUGUUCUAAUUGGCCUUGAUAUUUAUAUAUGUAAGUAUUUAUUAAAAAAUAUACUUACACACUAUGAUUGAUUUAGUACCUUGUAGUACAAGUCUAGAACUUACUUCGAACAUCUGUGUAAUUUAUCCCGUAGGUACCUUUAUUUUAUAUUUAUAUAUUUAUUUAUUAAGUUGAUCUCUGUGACAGAUGUGAAAUACAUACAUUUAAUGGUCUGUUGUUUUGGUACCUACGACAGAUAUUGUUGCAUCCUGCUUUCAAAGAAAUCAAGAUACACAAUUAUUGUGAACUAUAACUUGUCAUUUAGUUACGCUAUUUAUAUACAAAUUGUAAUGGCUUACCAUUGACUUUGUUUUUAUAUUCAUCAAACUGUUUGUCUCACUUUUUUUAACAAACGAAAACAUGAUUUGGACCAUUCUUACAAUCGUUCAUG